AUGGAGACGGCGCUCGCAGCGACGGCGGCACCAGCCCCUGCGCGCGGGGCACCAGCGCAGGCGCCGCAGCUGGCCUCGGGGGCACAGCCGCCACCAGAGGAGAACGCUUACCUCAGGGGCAUUGACUUCGGGGCCGGCGCGCCACGGGUGGCCCCGAGGCCUCGGGCGUCUCUGCAGGACAACACCUACCUGAAGGGGCUAGGCCUCACCGCUGGGCCGCCAGACCCGCCUGCCCCCCCGCCGAGCCCGCCGAAGGCCGCCGCUCCCCCGAAGGCGCUCAGCGCCGUGUCGCGUCGCGCCUCCGCGGCAGCGGCGGCGGGCGCCUCCACGGACUACCUGGCGUCGUUCAGCUGGGACGACGACGCUGGCGAGCAGGCCGGCGCGCCAGCGCGAGCCCGCCCGCAGUUCCGCCGCCAGCACGCCGACGCGCUACAGCAACCGCAGACGCAGCCGCAGCCGGCCGCGCAGCCCCGGAAGAGGGACGCGCUGAUGGGGUGGCUCGGCGGCCGCGGCCGCGCGGGACAGGCCUCGCCAGCUGCAGUGGUGGCGGCCGCCCCGAGGCCGCCGGCCUCGGCGCCGACGUGGCGGGCGCACCACAACACGUACCUCGAGGACCUCAAGUGA